AUGUUUGAGAACUCGAACGUGGCUGAACAGCCCAGACAGAACUCUCGACAGGGCCCCUCCUCUGCCCGCCGCUCCAUGGGCAGUGCCAGCACCCCAGGCAGCACCGCUGACCCGUCAGCCCAGAAAACGGGCAGUAGCCAGCACCUGAAAAACCUGGGCAAAGCUGUCGGAGCAAAAGUCAACGACCUUCUCCGCCGGAAAGACGCCAGUCUUCUGGGUGAUAUCGGGGUCACAGAGGUCAACAAAAACGUUGAGUCUGUGUGGUCCUCUAUGGCAGACAUGGUCAACAGUGGUGCAGCCAACAGUCACGUCUCUCUCGACUCCUUUCCCCGGCUGGACCCCCCUCCACCCAGUAAGAAGCGCCUCCCGCGAGCUCUGAAGACCACCCAGGACAUGAUGAUCUCCUCCGACCCUGUGGUGGCCACUCCCGAAGUCCCUGACUCGUCUUUCCAAUACUCUCCAGAGAAGGCUCCCCUUGUCCAAAAGGACAGAGUCCAGGAGCAGAGCUCAGAGGAGGGACCGGACAGCCAGGAGAAGUCCACGGGACAGUCUGACUCCGCUGACCUCCACAUCUCAGACCACACAAACCCAAAAGGUGAGGAACCAGGGGUGAAGUCGACGAACCUGAACGUGGUGGCAUCUGAGGGGCCGAUGGAGCAAGAUGAGGGUAAGGAUGGCGAUGAAGAUCAGUCCCAAAUCCUGCUCUCAGUCCCUGACCUUAUUCACAAAGACAACUUGGAUAACAAGGCCAAACUGGAGACCAGAGUGACCUCUACCCCCUGCGUGGGGAACGGGGGUUGCCGUGUCAGCGAGGGAGAACUCCUGGAGAACGGCUCUGUGGACUACAGCAAGAGAACCUCCAAUAUGGAGAAUGAAGAGCCCCACCCAGACUUGCUCUCUUUCGAAUAG